AUGCCACCUCGAAUUAGACGUAGGAUAACUUCUUCUAAACGAGAAGAGAUUGAAAAAGAGCAAGAAGAGUUAUCUAAAACCAUAGUUCGUCCCUAUGAUGUUCUUCAAUCAUUACCAGUGUCAUACUCUCAACCACCAACUUCAUCAUCAUCAAUUUUCACUCAUCCAUUAACAAUUAAAGAUACUGGGGUUUUAUAUUAUUCCUUAAUAAAAUCUCGAAACAAUUAUCUUACAAUGUGUCCCAUGUUUAAACUUUUUUGGGUUAAGCAAUCAUCAUACGUGAGGAAAUUAUUAGAAUUGGAUAAACCAUUACCUAAGUCCAUGGAAAAUGAUAUUUAUUUAAAUCGAGAAAUGGUAUUAAAUAAUGAUUCAAGUGCCAGAGAUAUCAUGGUGAAAUUAUGUGAUGGUGGGAUAAGUUUUAGUUCUGGGAUUCAUUUUUUCGAAAUUCGAAUAUUUAUAGCUAAAGAUAAACGAUCAGAUAUUAAUGAAAUUAAAUUAAUUAAACAACGAGAAAAGGAAUUGAAAAAAAUCAAUAAAUUAAAGGAAAAGGAAUUAAAAGAUAAAUUGAGAGAAGAAAAUCGAUUGAUCAAAGAACAAGAACGGUUGGAACGAUUGAAAGAGAAAGAAUUGGAGAAACAACUUAAACAGAAACAAAAGGAAGAGAAACAAAAGCAAAAGGAACAAAGAGAAAAAGAAAAGGAAAUAGAAAGAGAACGGAAAGAGAAGGAGAAGAAAGAGAAAGAAAAGGAGAAAGAGAGGAAGGAAAAAGAGAAGAAAGAGAAGGAAAAGGAGAAAGAGAAGGAAAAGGAAAAGGAUAAAGAGAAGUUGACCGAAAAUAAAGGAACUGGAAAUAAUGGCAAGGAUACUUUAAUUGUUGGUGUUAUUCAGAAAUCAAAUAUUGGAACUGGGGAUACUAGCAUUUCCAAGACAUCGCAAACUAAGAAGAAACAGACCACCAAACAAUCAAAUGUCAAUGUUCAAACUAAAUAUGCAUCCAAACAAAAGCCAAACAACUUUAAGGUAAAACUGGAGAGUGCAACUUCUCAAACUGAUAAUGUGAAUCAAGAAUUAAAAGUACUGAAGGGGAUACAAACUGAAAAAGUGGCUAAAACCAUUAACAAUAACCCUCAAAAUACAAAUACUACCACCAAUAGCAAUACUACUCAGAAUACACAUAAAUAUAAUAUUAAUUCAGAAGAAAAUCAGUUGAUGAUUAAAAAUUUAAAUCUUAUUGCUGCCAGAGACUCUUCAUUGAAUUCACUUAUGCAUACAGUGGCUGUGGGUCGGGCAUCAAUGGAACAAAUUGCUGUAUUCAAAGAAUAUAUUAAACGUGCUAGAGCUAUGGGGCCUCCACCUCAUGAUGAUUCAGUAUGGGCAGAGGUAUUUAGAACUCCUAUUUGGGAAGUUGCAGUCAAGAAUGAGCUUGGAUCUUCACAAGAACCAAAACCGUCAUCGAGUCAGAAUGACAAGAAAGAAAGGGAAGACAAUAAAGUGGAAUCGAAUGUUAAACAGGAAGUUGAUAAGGCGACACAAUCUAGUGACAAGGAAAAACUGCCAAAGGAAACUUCUUCAAAAAAUGGAGAGGAAGUAGAAAUGGCAGAAGGACAAUCAAAAGAUUUGGAACCAACAGAGAAAAAAGAAUUGAAUUUGAAAGACAAUGAGAAUGAGAAUGAGAAAUCAGAAAAUAAUGAAUCAGAAUUGAAAAAUAAGGUUGAGAAUCAAGAGAAAGAAUCUAAGCCAGAUGAUAAAGAGGAGCAAAUGAAAGAGAAACCCCAAGAUCCAAAGAAAGAUAAAAAGGAUAUAGAUAAGAAUGAAGAAGAUACAAUAGAUAAGGAGAAGGUAGAGAAGAAUGAAGAGCUAAACAAAGACAAAAGUGAAGAACCAAAAAAAAGUGAAGAACCAAAAAAAAGUGAGGAAGAAACUGAAAAACAAGAACUACAAUCUAUAGAGAAGAUUGAAGUAUUAAAAGAAGAUGAGGGAACUCUGAAGAAGGGCGACUAUAAGAUAGAAAAGAGAGAAGUUGAAACAAAAGAUAAGGAAGUUGAAUCAGAGAUCAAAGAAGAAGAUGCAAAUGAGAAAGAAAUGCCACCAAAAGGUAAGCUGGAUACAGGCCUGAAAGAAUUAUCGCCAAAAGAGAAAAAGAAAUCAUCUGAAAAACCAUCAAAAGUGAAAAAGGAAAAACCUCCCAAGCAACCAAAAUUAUCAAAACAAUCCAAAGCAGAGAUACCAGAUGAUCAAAAAUUGACUGCAUUUCAAGAACGAUAUUUGGAAGAUGCUACUUUGUUAUUUGAAUUUGUUGAAAAUCCAAAUGUAAGAUUCUUGUUCCCUAAAGAUGCAAUAUGUGAAGUUCUUCCUGCUAGUACUAUGAUUAAUGCUGAAAAUGGCAAUAACUCUGAUAAUAGAGAUAUAUUGAUGAGUUUUAUUUGGAUACAUAAUCAGAAGGAAGUUGAUGAAUAUGAAAAGAAAUUGGAAGAAUAUAAUAAGAAAAAAGCUGAAGAAGAAGAGAAAAAGAAACAAAAAGAAGAGGAAGAAAGAAAGCAAAAAGAACAAGCAGAAGCAGAAGAGCAAGAGAAGAUUAAAGUUGAAGAAGAUCUGAAAGAAACGCAAAACCAAAAUCUUGAUGAGGUACAGGAAGAUCAAUCCAAAGAUGUUGAGAUGGAAGAUAAUACAAGUAAUACUGUAAAAUCUGAGGUUGAGGUGAUUGAAAUUUCUGACAAUCCGCAACCUACAGAAGAACCUGAAGAAAUCAAACAAGAAAUUGAAGAAACAGUUCCUGCCAAAAGAAGGGCACCCCCAAGACGUGGUAAAAAGAAACGUAGAGUCCCACCUCCAAAGAAACCAGCUGCUCCCAAACCAUUGGAACCACCAAUUGAACCAGAAUAUAGAUUUACAACAUUAUCAUUCACUAUACAUGGAAUACCAUCAAAAUUAGUUCCAAUAUUUAUGAAUAGUGUGAACCCGGUAAAGGAAGUUCAAGAAAAAAUGAAACAUAUACUUGAAGUGGGGACUCGUACUUCUUCAUUUUAUUUAUGGUAUCAAGUAGAUGGGAAAUUAGAUGAAGAAUUGGCAGAAAAUAUUCGAGUUCUGCUUAAUCAAGAAGAAAAGAAAAUGACUGGUAUCCCAACUACUCAACAUGAAACUCCACCAGAACCGAAAAAGUAUCCAAAGAAAAGAAAAAUUAAAGAAGAACCAAAAAAGGCUGGUAAUGAACAGGGUGAUGAGUCACAAGACAAUUGUAAGAAAAUAAAAGUGGAAACUUUAGAAGAAAAUACUGAACAAAAUGAAGGUGGUGAAAGUAAAGUAAGUGGUGAAUCAAAUGAAUCUGCACUGAAAGAUCAUGAUAAGGAUGAACCACUUCCACAAAAUGAAGAUACAACAGCAGCAUCUGAUAUUGUGGAUUCCUCAGUCACUAAUCAAACUGAAGAAACGCUUGAACCUAUUAAAGAAGAUUCUUCAACCAAAUAG